CGAGUGUGCCAGCAGUCCAGUGAAAGGGGGGUUCUCAAAUAAAACAUGCACGACUAAAAGUAAAGAAACAAACAGUAAAUCUAAAAAACAUUUCAUUUAUUGUGUCAAAAAGAACAAAAAAAAAGUUGCUUGUUGUGGUUGUAACGCUCGGAAAUACGGUAGUUUAAGGAGCACCUGAAGGCAGCACGGCCGUUGUUGUUCUUGAACGCAGCUCGUCACCUUUUAUGCAACACAGCAGACAAACGGGAAACAGCUCGGAGCUGAAGCCAGAAUGACGAGCCUCCAGCUGAGUGCGAAAGAGGAGAUGGUGGAGAAGUUUCUGGAUGCCGCAGCCAGAGGAGACCUGACCCAGGUGUCCACGCUGCUGUCCCACGUCCCCUCGCUCAUCAACCAGACGGGAUACAGCGGCUGGACGGCGCUGAUGCUGGCCGCUCGCAACGGACACUACCAUGUGGUGGAGGCGCUGCUGUCACAUGGCUGCGACAAGUUCUCAGUGAACAGUUCGUCGCAGACCGCCUACGAUAUCGCCAAGUUCUGGGGCCACAGACACAUCUCCAACCUGCUGGGCCAGACAGACGACGUCCUGCCGGGCUCUAACCUCAACCAGCAGGAGAACUACUUCAGCAGAGAGAUGCUGGACCGGCUGAGUGGGAAGAGGACAGACAAGGUUUGGUUGGAGGAUAAACAGAGCGACCCAGAUACAGUCUACCUCCUGUUCUCCAACCUCAGCCCCAUGGUCAGCAGCUCCCAGGAGGACGACAACGCAGGUGGUGAGACCAAGCUGUGUCGGUUCAGAUAUGAGGCAGUUAAAGACCUUCUCCCGAAACCUGCGACUGUGCUCAUCUUCCUUGGAGUGGAGAAGAGGAAAAAACCCUCCUCCUCCUCCUCCUCCUCCUCUCAGACAGAGGAGGGUGUCCGGGAGCCUCCUGCUUGGUUUGCCAUCAGCACAGAUGAAGACGCUGCUGAACUUCUUAAACGCUGCAGAGAAAAGAACUGCUCCUUCCCAAAGACGCCCAACAGAGACCUGCUGAAAUUCAACAAGGAAGAGGCCGGAGUUGUGGCUCAGGCUCGAUCGGUGUUGGCCUGGCACAGCCGCUACAGCUUCUGUCCGACGUGUGGCAGCAGCACCGAGCUGGAGGAGGGAGGAUACAAGAGGAGCUGCCUGAACUCCGACUGCAGGAGCCUGAAGGGGGUUCACAACACCUGUUAUCCACGAGUUGACCCAGUGGUCAUCAUGCUGGUGAUCCACCCUGAUGGAAACCAGUGUUUACUGGGAAGGAAGAAGAUCUUUUCAGUCGGCAUGUUCUCCUGUCUGGCUGGAUUCAUAGAGCCUGGGGAGACGAUCGAGGAGGCGGUGAGGAGGGAGGUGGAGGAGGAGAGCGGUGUGAAGGUUGGACCGGUCCAGUACGUCUCCUGCCAGCCCUGGCCGAUGCCCUCCAACCUCAUGAUUGGCUGCCUCGCUGUCGCCAUAUCGACCGACAUCAAAGUGGAUGAGAACGAGAUCGAGGAAGCCCGGUGGUUCCCACGGCAACAGGUGAUUGACUCCUUAUUCAGAGGAGCCCGUCCGGCCUUCACCGUCCCUCCCAGCCAGACCAUCGCCCACCAGCUGAUCAGACACUGGAUCGGAAUGACCUCUAACCUCUAGCCCUUGACCUCCCAGCCAGCUUAGGCAGACCUCCAUACGGUCUGAUGGGUCUAAAAUAAACCAGCAGCUGUCUGAACUGUUGCUGUUUUAUUACGACAAACCAGCUGCCAGUCAGGGGGAUCACCAGAUUCUUCAGGUUGUACAAGACACAGUGCUUUAAUAUGGUUUGUAUUUACCGUUCGACAUUGAACAGUAAAUACAAACCAUAUUAAAGCACAUUAUUUCAAUGCACUGCUUGUCUGUGGAGUGAUACAGCCUUUACAACACCUACAGGUAAAGGUAAAGAAAGAACUGUACAAGAUGGGAGAGAUGACAAACAAUACACUACUUGAAAGCAACAGUCACUUCAGAUCACGUUUGAACUCACACUUGGGAACUUGCAGCGUGCCAAUGGAUCAAAUAAAAAGGCAACAGUGCAGAUUAUUAUACCAGACAAAUGCAGAAAGCGUCACACAGCUGUAACAGAAGCAGCUUAUUUGUUCCAGAAACAGUUCUGUGAGCCAAGUGGACCAACCACAGCUACAUUUUCAGAGUUCAGAUAAGUUAUAUCAGCACCACAGACACUUAAGAAGUUCCAGUGUGGAGGAUUUAGUGGCAUCUAGCGGUGAAAUUGCAGUUUGCAACCUUUUGAAUACCGCUUUUCUCACCCCUUCGAAGCGUGUAGGAGAAACUACGGUGGCUGCGAAACUUGCGAACGGCCCUCUCUGGAGCCAGUGUUUGGUUUGUCCGUUCUGAGCUACUGUAGAAACAUGGCGGUGCAUGUGGAAGGGGACCCGCUCC